UGUCUUUUUAAUCUCAAAGAUGACGUAAACAAAGGAAGAAGAUAAUAUAUGACGUUAUAACUAAGAACAGCUCACGAUCUUCCAUAUAUUAAGGUUCGAUAUAGAGAUCAUUAAGAGAGAAGAUGACAACGUUAGAUUUGACCAGAGCCGAGCUAGCUCUUGUAGUUCUGUACUUGAACAAAGCUGAGGCUAGAGAUAAGAUAUGCAGAGCUAUACAGUAUGGUUCCAAGUUCGUGAGCGGUGGGCAGCCCGGUACUGCUCAAACCGUUGACAAAAACACUAGCUUGGCUAGAAAAGUGUUUCGUCUUUUCAAGUUUGUCAAUGAUUUUCAUGGUCUUAUUAGCCCUGUGCCUAAAGGGACUCCACUUCCUCUUGUCUUACUUGGGAAGUCAAAGAAUGCGCUCUUGUCUACCUUCUUGUUUCUUGAUCAAAUCGUUUGGCUUGGUAGAUCCGGCAUAUAUAAGAACAAAGAACGAACUGAGUUGCUUGGUCGUAUAUCACUCUUCUGCUGGUUAGGAUCAUCUGUCUGUACAACAGCAGUCGAGAUUAGUGAGAUAGGAAGGCUCUCUUCAUCUAUGAAGAAGAUGGAGAAGGAACUCAAAGGUGGUGAAAAGAAUAAUGAUGAGUUGUAUCGUGCUAAACUUCAGAAAUCAAAUGACAGAACACUAGCUUUGGUUAAAUCAAGCAUUGACAUUGUUGUAGCUAUUGGUCUGCUUCAGUUAGCUCCAAAGACUGUUACUCCUCGUGUCACUGGCGCUCUCGGUUUUACCACCUCUCUUAUCUCUUGUUAUCAGCUGCUUCCAGCACGUCCCAAGAUCAAGACACCUUGAAGCAUGAAGAAGAUGGUUCUCUAGGCCUGCAGAAUAAUUGUUUCAUAUUCAUAUUUCGUCUCUCUGUUUCUCCUUUCAAAGAAUUUGAUACUCCUAUGAUUCUAUACACCAAUAAUGAUAACUCUUAUAAUAAGAUUUCUAUAUGGUAUUUCUUCACAUUCUUGAUUACAAAAAUUUGUUUACUUAUUUGAGUAAAAGUCUGUUUCUACAUAGUACUAGGGGAAGCAUUCUCUGUUCAAAGAACGACCAUCACCACAACAGCUA